AUAUCAAAAAGAGUUUCCUGGGCUACACAGUAGGACCUUGUUUAGGAUGGACAUUCUUAAUGACCUUGUGUCUUGCAUUCUCAGCAGAUUGUAGGCUCCUCAACUCCAUUUAGGAUGCUGCAUCAGUAUGUUCACCAACUUUGUCAGAAACUGGUCCGCAGGCGGCGGCUGGAGCCCAGAGAGGAGACUGAGAGUCCUGUGGCUCAUUUGAACACCCUGCAGAUGGUGAUCUUGGGUGUGGCCAACACCCUGGGAGCUGGCAUAUACAUCGUGGCUGGUAUAGUGACUAAAUACAUAACUGGACCAGCGAUUGCCAUCUCCUUCUUGGUGGCCGCCCUGCCUUGUGUGAUGUGUGCUCUCUGCUACACUGAGUUAUGGGCCAGGGUACCAUGCUCUGGUUCUGUGUAUCUCUACAGCUAUGUCACCAUGGGACAACUGUGUGCAUUUAUCACUGGCUGGAACCUCAUCCUGACCUUACUCAUUGCCACUGCCAGUUUGUCCAAAGUGUGGAGCAUCACCUUUGACAGCCUAAUUGGAAACCACAUCUCUCAGGCAUUAGAGGAGACUUUCUCUCCAUAUAUGCCCUCUUUCCUGGCCACGUUCCCAGACUUUGUCGCUCUGGCCCUGUUGCUGGUGAUGAUUGGAGUAACGCUUCUGGGACCUCAUACAUCACCCCUGAUUAUCAAAGUGUUCACAGGCAUCAAAUUUUUUGUUCCAAUCUUCACGAUCAUCUCUGGCUUUAUUAAGGGAGACCUGCACAACUGGAAGCUCACAGAACAGGACUAUAGACUGAACACAUCUGGAUCCAGUGAUAUCUAUAGCUUAGGCCCUCUCGGUUCUGGAGGGUUUGUGCCCUUUGGCUUUGAUGGGAUUCUCCGAGGAGCAGCUUUAUGUUUCUACCCAUGUUUUGCUGUUGAAGCCGUGGUCGCUACAGGGAGAGAAGCCCGAAAUCCUCAGCAUUCCAUCCCCUUGAGCAUGAUGAUCUCCAUUUCUGUCGGCUUUUUGACAUAUUUUGGAGUCUCAGCAGCACUCAGCCUCAUGGUGCCCUACUACAAGAUUCAUCAUUUCAAUCCUUUACCGGAGGUCUUUCUCCAAAUCGGGUGGGCUCCUGCCAGCUACAUCAUGGCUGUUCUUUUCCUGUGUUCUUUUUUAUACAGGUCAGUGUCAUGGUUUUCUCCCUGUCUAUUGUCUGGUUUUCAGGUAUUCCAGCCCUUGAGAUUGACAGACAAGAGAGCAAGACACCUUACCCCAUGUAGACAAGAGAGGAGAUGCCCUAGUCUAUCCUUCUUCUCCACGUCCCCACACGUGUUUCUAUUUUCUUUUUCAGCCUUCUGUUUAGCUUAUUUUUCAUAUCUCAGUUCACCUGCGCAAUGGCUAAGGAUGGGCUCCUUUUCCGGGGCCUUGCCCAGAUUCAUACCCGCACAGGCACCCCCGUCAGGGCCAUCAUGUCUUCUGGAAGUUUUGCAGGUGAAUAAACAAAACCCACUCUUUCUCCAGUCAAUUUCCUUAACUUGAUUUUUCUGGUGGUUUCUCAUCCCUUUCUCUACCUUGCUCCUGCCCUCAUUCUAGCCAUCAUGGUGUUACUCUUGGACCUUGGUGAUAUUGUGGAACUCAUGUUACCUGGGAUCAUGCUUGCUUACACCCUUUCAACUUUUUCUGUGCUUGUCCUCAGGUGAGAGUCCCCUCUACCUUGGCUGGGGGUGUUGGACCCCUGGGGGUGGAUAGAGAGGUAAUCCUCUUCUGGUUUCAUGCUGCCUUCUAUAUGUCCUAUUCUUCGUAAGGCAGGAAAGAGACAAAUAGACUGUCUGAUGUUGGAUUAGUAGGGACUGCUGUUAUUAUUGCCUUAAUACCUCUAUCCAGGUACCAGCCAGACCUGAAUGAGAAGGCAGAGGAGGAAAUUGAGAUGGAGCCUAACGCUGAAGAACAUCCUCUGAACUCUGUACCUGAAGCAGGAACCUCAAACAUCCUAAAGACUCUGUGGUUCCCUACCAGCACCACCCCCACCCAGAAAUCUGGCCAGAUUGUCUGUGGAUGUGCCUUACUGCUCAGUGAGCAGUGGGAUUUCUCUUUGGUUGCAUUCUAAAACUGACAGGAGAGGGUGGAAUUCUGUGUCUUUGUCAGCUGAGGAGGAAUCUUGGAAAUGUGAUAGCCAUUCCUGAUGUGGGCAGCCUGGGGAGGGGUGUGGCCCAAGGUCCUGACAUCUUUGUCUUCUGGGUCCAGCCUGUUCUCCUCCAUCUUGACCCUUGCAGUUCCCCUGCUGACCAUCCUGAGCCUGAUCCUGGCCCACUGGCCCAGCCAGGUGUUCUCUGGAGACCCCGUGCUCACAACAGUGGCUGUGCUGCUGCUGCUGCUCAUCAUUGGGGUCACGGUCAUCAUCUGGAGGCAGCCCCAAAACCCCUCUUUUCUUCACU